AUGACUGGUGGACUCCGUCAAGGACUCCCGCUGGAAACGGAAGCAGCUCCAGAAGCAGACGCUGACCCAGACAAGAAUGCCACGGGUGAGGGUGACGGCGAGGGUGACCAGGGCGAUGGUGAAGUACAGAUGGAUGCAGUGGAGGAGGCAGACAAAGAGGAGCAGAGGAACCAAGACGAGGUGGAAACGGAUGCCGAAAAGAAGCGGGCUGCAGAGGAGGCCAAAGUGGCGAAAAGGCAAAAGGAAGCGGAAGAGAAGACCACUGCUGAGGAGAAGAUCGAAGCAGAAACAGAAGAAGCUUCCACGACGGAGAAGGGCGAGCAGGACGAGGUUCCCACGGCCGCGCCCAACGAAGCGGGUCAGACCCCCGACGACGCAAAGGAUGAACAGAGCGAAAAGGACGAAACCAAUGAGCCGCAGGAAGAUCCAGAUGAGACAUUGGAAGAGGACCUGUAA